CCUUCAGUGACAGGAACAGAAAGCACGAUAAUAGAUAAUUUUCCUAGCAGUACAUUUUCCUCUGAUACAUCUUCAUUAGGAACAGACGCUGUGUCAUCCACAGUAAUACCAACAUCAACUAACCCAACAGGAGAAACCAGUUCAACACAGAGGCUAUCAACACCUUCAGCUACAUCUCCAAACACCUUUUUCAUUAGCACAGAAGACAAUUUAAGUACUGGUGCUUCAUCUAUGACUAGUAAUCUUCCAACUGAAACACAGACACUAAACUUUAUGGAGUCUACAUCGGAAUCAUCAUCAAUAAACCCAACAGAUUUCACUGGAACCACUGAGAUACCAUUGAGUACCAGUGCGGUUGGAUUGUCAUCUUCAGCUGUUGAGACUCCCUUUGAUAGAACAUCCCCAAUGACAGAACAAAAUACAACAAGUGAUUCGCGAUCAAGCAUUUUACCGGGAACUACAGUAUUUACCACUCAAAUUCCACAUAGUGAAACAGUGACCGUUUAUACAUCAAGUGGACCCACUAUAACUGAAGAAACCAUUAUUACAAGUGAAAUAGUAGAUCAUUCUUCCCCACUAGUGUCCAUUACAUCUACACCUUCAGUGACAGGAACAGAAAGCACGAUUAUAGAUAAUUUUCCCAGCAGUACAUUUUCCUCUGAUACAUCUUCAUUAGGAACAGACGCUGUUGCAUCCACAGUAAUGCCAACAUCAACUAACCCAACAGGAGAAACCAGUUCAACACAGAGGCUAUCAACCCCUUCAGCUACAUCUCCAAACACCUUUUUCAUUAGCACAGAAGACAAUUUAAGUACUGGUGCUUCAUCUAUGACGAGUAAUUUUCCAACUGAAACACAGACCCUAGAUUUUACGGACUCUACAUCGGAAUCAUCAUCAAUGAACCCAACAGGAGAAACUAGUGCAACACAGAGGAUAUCAACCCCUUCAGCUACAUCUCCAAACACCUUUUUCAUUAGCACAGAAGACAAUUUAAGUACUGGUGCUUCAUCUAUGACGAGUACUCUUCCAACUGAAACACAGACACUAGACAUUACGGACUCUACAUCGGAAUCAUCAUCAAUAAACCCAACAGAUUUCACUGGAACCACUGAGAUACCAUUGAGUACCAGUGCGGUUUUAUUAACAUCUUCGGCUGUUGAGACUCCCUUUGAUAGAACAUCCCCAAUGACAGAACAAAAUACAACAAGUGAUUCGCAAUCAAGCAUUUUACCGGGAACUACAGCAUUUACAACCGAAAUUCCACUUAGUGAAACAGUGACCGUUCAUACAUCAAAUGGACCCACUAUAACUGAAGAAACCAUUAUAACAAGUGAACUAGUAGAUCAUUCUUCCCCACUAGUGUCCAUUACAUCUACACCUUCAGUGACAGGAACAGAAAGCACGAUUAUAGAUAAUUUUCCCAGCAGUACAUUUUCCUCUGAUACAUCUUCAUUAGGAACAGAUGCUGUUGAAUCCACAGUAAUGCCAACAUUAACUAACCCAACAGGAGAAACCAGUUCAACACAGAGGAUAUCAACCCCUUCAGCUACAUCUCCAAACACCUUUUUCAUUAGCACAGAAGACAAUAUAAGUACUGGUGCUUCAUCUAUGACUAGUAAUCUUCCAACUGAAACACAGACACUAAACUUUAUGGAGUCUACAUCAGAAUCAUCAACAAUAAACCCAACAGAUUUCACUGGAACCACUGAGAUACCAUUGAGUACCAGUGCGGUUGGAUUAACAUCUUCGGCUGUUGAGACUCCCUUUGAUAGAACAUCCCCAAUGACAGAACAAAAUACAACAAGUGAUUCGCGAUCAAGCAUUUUACCGGGAACUACAGUAUUUACCACUCAAAUUCCACAUAGUGAAACAGUGACCGUUUAUACCUCAAAUGGACCCACUAUAACUGAAGAAACCAUUAUAACAAGUGAAAUAGUAGAUCAUUCUUCCCCACUUGUGUCCAUUACAUCUACACCUUCAGUGACAGGAACAGAAAGCACGAUUAUAGAUAAUUUUCCCAGCAGUACAUUUUCCUCUGAUACAUCUUCAUUAGGAACAGACGCUGUUGCAUCCACAGUAAUGCCAAGCAAAGUAACAACCACAGCCACAACCGUGCUCAUACCAUCAGAAGCUAUUAGUAUAAAUUCUACUACAAGUACUGCAGUGAAUACGUCAUUUACAGUCACUACGUCUGGUGUUAGUAGUACCACAACCAAAGAAUCAAAUGUAUCCACCUCCAUCACCAUGCCAUCAACAACCAGUCAAACAAAUUCAACAACCGCUACGACAACAGCCACUACAAAUACAACUACCACAUCAACUUCUCAAAGUCCUGCAGUGAAUACAUCAAUCAUAGUCACUACACCUGGUGUUAGUAGUACCACAACCACAGAAUCAAAUGUAUCCACCGCCAUCACCAUCCCAUCAACAGCCGGUCAAACAAAUUCAACAACCGCUACGACAACAGCCACAACUACCGCCUCAACUUCUCAAAGUCCUGCAGUGAAUACGUCAAUCACAGCAACUACCCCUGGUGUUAGUAGUACCACAACCACAGAAUCAAAUGUAUCCACCGCCAUCACUAUGCCAUCAACAGCCGGUCAAACAAAUUCAACAACCGCUACGACAACAGCCACAACUACCGCCUCAACUUCUCAAAGUAUUGCAGUGAAUAUGUCAAUCACAGCAACUAUCCCUGGCGUUAGUAAUACCACAACCACAGAAUCAAAUGUAUCCACCGCCAUCACCAUGCCAUCGACAACCAGUCAAACAAAUUCAACAACCACUACGACAACAGCCACUACAAAUACAACUACCACAUCAACUUCACAAAGUCCUGCAGUGAAUACAUCAAUCAUAGUCACUACACCUGGUGUUAGUAGUACCACAACCAAAGAAUCAAAUGUAUCCACCGCCAUCACCAUCCCAUCAACAGCCGGUCAAACAAAUUCAACAACCGCUACGACAACAGCCACAACUACCGCCUCAACUUCUCAAAGUACUGCAGUGAAUAUGUCAAUCACAGCAACUAUUCCUGGUGUUAGUAGUACCACAACCACAGAAUUAAAUGUAUCCACCGCCAUCACCAUGCCAUCAACAGCCGGUCAAACAAAUUCAACAACCGCUACGACAACAGCCACAACUACCGCCUCAACGUCUCAAAGUACAGCAGUGAAUACGUCAAUCACAGUAACUAUCCCUGGUGUUAGUAGUACCACAACCAAAGAAUCAAAUGUAUCCACCGCCAUCACCAUGCCAUCAACAACCAGUCAAACAAAUUCAACAACCACUACGACAACAGCCACUACAAAUACAACUACCACAUCAACUUCUCAAAGUCCUGCAGUGAAUACAUCAAUCAUAGUCACUACACCUGGUGUUAGUAGUACCACAACCAAAGAAUCAAAUGUAUCCACCGCCAUCACCAUGCCAUCAACAACCAGUCAAACAAAUUCAACAACUUCUACCACAACCCCUACAACCACUACAACUACUACAACCACUACAACCACUACAACUACCACCUCAACUUCUUCAGCACCUUCAGCGUGUAGUCAAGUAGAAGUCUUUUUGCGACUAAACAAACUUACCAGUGAUGUGAUCCAAUCGGAAGUGAUUGCUAAAGGAGGUCCAGACAAAGCAAUGUAUAAAGUAAUAUUGCUGAAGGACAAUACUCCUGUAAAGGAAGAAUCGUCUGCCGGCCCAGUGACAUUUACAGGACUUUUACCUUCUUUUCCAUAUCAAGUCAUAGUCCAACAAAUUUCAUGCCCUCAAAAUGCGAAUUAUACCUUAGCUGUCAGGACAGAUGGAAACGUAGUUAGUGCGAUAGUUCGGGUAACGAAUGAGAACUUCAAGCCUGGAUACAGCAAUAAAAGUAGCAACGAAUACAAGGAUUUUGAAGCUAACUUUAUAAAAGAGGUUCAAAAAAAUCUUCCUCCCGGUCUUCAAGAACUGAUUAACUCCGGAAAAAUGCGUAUUGUUAUCAACAGUCUAAUAAAUGGAAGUGUCGUCGUGGAUUAUGACAUUAUUACCAACACAGCCAAUAAUUUCACAGUGCAAAAUGUAACUAACAUAUUUACAGAAGCAUUAAAUAGAAGUACAGCCCUCAUCAUAGACCCAACGUCAUUUACAUUCCAAGCAAGAAACAGCUGCGACCCCGGCCUAAACGUUUGCUCGAAAAAUGCGACGUGCACACCUAAUGCUGGGUCAUAUACAUGCCAAUGUUUACCCGGGUAUAACGAUACCAGCCCAGCAGUUCCUGGAAUCACGUGUGUAGUGGGAAGAGUAUUUAAUGCGUCAGUUCGGAUAACGAAUCAGAACUUCAAGGAAGAAUACCGCAAUAAAAGUAGCAACGAAUACAAGGAUUUUGAAGCUAACUUUACAAGCGAGUCCGAGAAUCGUUCAGCCACAGAGGAGGCUCUGGAGCUGCAGCUUCCACUUAAGAUACUAAAAAAUCUUCCUCCCGGUCUUCAAGAACUGAAUAAAAUGCGUGUUGUUAUCAACAGUCUUAUAAAUGGAAGUGUCAUCGUGGAUCAUGACAUUAUUACCAACACAGCCAAUAAUUUCACAGAGCAAAAUGUAACUAACAUAUUUACAGACGCAUUAAAUAGAAGUACAGCCCUCACCAUAGACAAAUAUAUAGUCCAAGAGAGAAACAGCUGCGACCCCGGCCUAAAUAGCUGCUCGAAAUAUGCGACGUGCACACCUAAUGCUGGGUUACAUCCAUGCCAAUGUUUACCCGGGUAUAACGAUACCAGCCCAGCAGUUCCUGGAAUCACGUGUGUAGAUAUAAACGAGUGUGAGUCGCCGAGCGGUAACACCUGCUCACCCCUGGCUGCCUGUAUCAACACCGAGGGGAGCUACAAAUGUCAGUGCCACCCAGGAAUGCAGGACAACAACGUCACCAACCCCGGGAGACAAUGCUCGGAUAUAAACGAGUGUGAGUCGCCGAGCGGUAACACCUGCUCACCCCUGGCUGCCUGUAUCAACACCGAGGGGAGCUACAAAUGUCAGUGCCACCCAGGAAUGCAGGACAACAACGUCACCAACCCCGGGAGACAAUGCUCGGAUAUAAACGAGUGUGAGUCGCCAAGCGGUAACACCUGCUCAUCCCUGGCUGCCUGUAUCAACACCGAGGGGAGCUACAAAUGUCAGUGCCACCCAGGAAUGCAGGACAACAACGUCACCAACCCCGGGAGACAAUGCUCGGAUCCGGCUGUGGGAUGCUUCAACAGCAGCAACUUCUGCUCCCAACCCAGCUCGUGUACGACCUCCAAAGACUUCAUAUGUUCAAGUAAACAAUCCUUUUUUGUUAAGAUCACAUUCAAGUCCUGGAAUUUUACUGCAGACCUGUAUAACUCUUCGAGCCAAAAUUAUAUAAAUUUGUCAAAGAAAUUCACACAAGACCUUGUCGCAAACAUGAAAACCAGGGUGGAUUCUAAUUCCAGCUUAGACAUAGUCGUCGUGGGUUUCCGUCCGGGCAGCGUGGUGGCCAAUAUCGUUGUAGUACUAAAUUCAUCAGUGCCCAUUGAUGACGCCACAAUGCGGAGCAAAUUAAGUGAAGCCUUGAAAGCCGCAGUAUCCAAUGAUACAGAAAUUAGUCUACAAGCAAACUCCAUAAUACCUUCUACUCCGCCGUCUACAGCGCAACCUUCGACACUCACAGAGGACGGCGGGUGGAAAACUGCCACCAUUAUCAUCGCUGUGCUCCUUGGAGUCGCCCUGCUUGCGCUCGUCCUGCUGACUGUGGUGUGCAUCUACAUGAGGAAAAGAACUAGCAAAUAUCUCCCCAGUUUCAACGAGAACGUGGCUGCCUUUUCCUAUAAAUAUUUAUAAUAGUUUUUAAGGUUUUUCCUUGAAAAUGAACUUUGUCGGAUAGUUUAAAAUACUUUAAAAACAAGGGGACAUAUUUCUUUUUUUUGAAAUGGUACAUGUGAGAUGUUUUUACAAAUUUAUAUUUUUAGUACUGUAUUAUUGUAAUUUAGGGACGUUUGGCAGGUCCACCGGAAGCACUUUUUAAUAUUAUUAACACUGGCCCCUGCGAUGCAAUUCUUACGUGACCUCAAGGCUCCAACAUGGCGCCCUUUGAAAGGGCCAAGCUACAAGAAGACCCCUUUGAGGGGUUCCCCAAACACAACUUGCUGGGGUGGUGGCGUCCAAGGACUAAGACACAAUUGUGGGCACAUGUGUGGACAAGACAUGAUGUCCGUGUGAGGAGGAAAUCAUAGCCUGAAAAAGGCUUUCACUGUAUGUUUUGGAAGGAUAUGUGAGGUUCUAUAGAUUUGUUAUAUUCUGUCCUUCCAUCUACAAAGAACAAAAUUAACCAGAACAAAUAAAAAAAAAAUUAAAUAA